AUGGACCUUCAAAAAACGAAGGAGGCCCGCCGGGAUACGCCGGGCAAGCAGGAGGAAAGCGCCGACUGUCCGUUGGAAGCCUAUGGAGGAAGCGGCCAUACGAAAGAGUCGCCCAAGAACGAUUCGCUAGACCAUCGCGAUACGAACGAACGUCCUGAUCCCGCGGACGCGCGCCAACAACGGCACCCGGGCAGUUCUACUUACUGCGAAGAUGCUUCGCAGUCUCCGCCUGCAACAGCGCUCCUAGCGCCAGCCAGACCAUCAUCUUCAUCGUCGAAGACCCUUGACAUUCCGCCCGCGUUUGGGCUUCGUUCCGAGGAACAUAGGCUGCUGCUGACCGCCAAGCGCUAUCCCCCAGUAACGAAAAGCACGCUGAGUGAGCUGGAUCUCCCAUGCAUCAUGAGCAACAUCAACCUGCGCAUGGAUGCGAACUUCGACCGGGACCUGCAUUUCAAGCCCGACCUCGACGGGGAGAAAGGGAGGCGGAAGCGGAAAGAGGCGGCGGAUUACUGGGAGGCCAUGGCCGUGGAGAUUUCGAUCUACGCGUUCUACUCGUCGCCCGAAGCUGCCGGCCUAGCCGCGGAUGCGCGGACUGACCAGCGACAGGCCUUCGAGCCCCGACUCCCUGCCAUGUUCGACACCUUGCAGGAUGUGUUGAAGACGUUGGUGCCCGAACGCGAUCAUCCGGGGGUGGUGCAGAACCUCGAGGUGCCGCUACUCAUGCAGCAGAUCCAAAAGGGGGUGCUGGAUAUGGUCCGGGUGGCCGCCUGGCUGGCAGGGCUGCUCAAGACGCAUUGUGCCCCGAUGCGGGAUGAAUGGGCGGAUCGAAUGGUGGAGCAGAUCCGGUCCGGGUCGCAGUCGCAGAAUCCGAUGGAGAUUGUCGGCGGCCUCCAGACGUUGUUCGCGAUCCUGGAGGCCAUGAAAUUGGACGUUGCGAACCACCAGAUCCGCGCCUUUCGGGUGCUGCUGAUUGAGGACACUGUUCCGUUUCUGCAGGAGUAUUUCCGGGGCAAGAUUGAGAGGGAUAACUUCCGGGUCGACUCGUCGCGACUUUGGUAUCUGGAGACCCGGGAGCGGGAAUUGCGACAGAUGGACAAGGCCGCACAGACGGACGGAUUCUGGCCGAUCUCGGUGCUGUUUCAGGGAGUGUCCGACUUGUUACUCCAGUUUCACCCCCCGGACGCCUUUCCGGAAACCUUUGUGUUCGACUCGGACCGCUUGUGGCAGCUCCGGACCUGUCUUCAGAACCUGAUCAACCUGGACAUCUGCUGGUUCAUCUUCGAGUCCUACAUCCAUACGCAGAAACGCUACCUGUCGGCCCCCGCCCAGACAUACGCCACCUUCCGGUCACGCAUUGGAUCGUUGAUGGAGGAGAACGAGGACUGCCUGCGGGGGUCGGUGCAGUGGGUGCAGAACGUGCGGUGCAUCGGGCUGGAAAUUGCUCGGUUCGCGUGUGCCGCCUGCUGCAGCGAGGGCAGCACGGUCUCGGACGAGGUGAUCACGCAGAUCGAAAGCGCGCUGGAGUGGCACCUGUCGAACGAAUCGGGGCUGUUUCAGUACUUCCAGGCCUCGCUGCGCGAGAAGUUGCUGGCGGCGUCGUUCGCGGCGGCGAAGAAGUACCUGAACAUGUCGCCGCUGGCGAUCUGCGAGUCGCAGCGCAAUUUCUCCCACACGGCGACCGCCAUGCUGGGCCAUCCCCAGCACUAUGACGUCGAGCGCAUCUCGAUGCGGCUGGCGCAUAUGGGGGUGCUACACUGGCGGGUGUGGGCGCCGAUUCUGUAUGUGCGCGAGAGCGUGUCACCGACUGACGUGGCGAUUAUCCCGUCGAACGAGGGCUAUGACGUGGCACGUUCCGCGACUCUAUGA